UGCCGUGCCGCGCCGGUCAUGUGCUCCAGGAUGAUACGAAGGUUCAGGUCGUGGUUCCACCCCAAACAUGACUCCACUACACUCCGCCCCAUCAGGAAACCCUCCAUGGUCCUGCCAAAGCCACCGCAGGCGAACGCCAUCACCAACCUAGCCCUCAGCGAGCCGCCCAGCUCAGAAGCAGAGGUGUUGAAGGUGAGAGAAGUAGACAUGUGCUUCAACACCAACGGCGCUGAUCACCACACUUACCGCUACGAGCUGAUGACUCGUCCUGUCAACCCACAGUUGGUCGUCAGGCGAGGACAAUCCUUCCAGGUGGACCUGGUUCUGAGUCGGGCAUACAAUCCUGCCAUUGACGCCAUAUCUUUUGUCUUCACAGUCGCAGAGACGGAUAAGCCCAGCUACGGCCAUGGGACGCUGAUGGUGGUUCCCUUGUUAGCCAAAGGAUCUUCAACAGGAGAGAGCUGGACGGCUGUCCUGCAGAGGUCCUCAGAAAAUGUGAUAACCGUGCAUAUCACACCGUCUGCCACAUGUAUCGUUAGUGCCUGGAAGAUGGACAUCGACACAAAACUGUUGAAUGACGGAGCGAUCAGUUACAGCUGCAAGACCAAAAUUUACAUUUUGUUCAACCCCUGGUGUAAAAAGGACCAAGUGUAUAUGAAGGAGGAGGAUCGUCGCAAGGAGUAUGUCAAGAUGGACACCGGCCUCAUCUGGCGAGGCAGUCACAACCAGCUGCGGCCUUGUCCGUGGAACUUUGCCCAGUUUGAGAAAGACAUCCUGGACUGUUCUCUCUACCUGGUGACUAAGAUAGGCAAAGUCCCUCUGUCCAGUUGCAACGACCCUGUCAGGAUAUCUAGAGCACUGAGUGCAGCUGUCAACUCACCCGAUGACAACGGAGCCCUGAUGGGCAACUGGACUGCCGAGUUUGACGGGGGAACUCCUCCCACCAAGUGGGUGGGCAGUGUCCGGAUCUUGCAGAAGUUUUACAGCUCCAAGAAACCUGUAAAGUACGGCCAAUGCUGGGUGUUUGCUGGAGUCCUCACCACAGUGUGUAGAGCUCUUGGCAUCCCCUCCAGACCUAUCACCACCUACUCCUCAGCCCAUGACACGCAAAACAGUUUGACAGUAGACUACUUUGUGGAUGAGAAAGGUGACAUCAUGGAAGAGCUAACCAGUGACUCUAUUUGGAACUUCCAUGUGUGGAACGAGGUGUGGAUGAGGCGGCCAGACCUUGACCCCGGGGACUAUGAUGGAUGGAACGCCAUCGACGCCACGCCACAGGAGAUGAGCGAGGACAUGUUCCGCUGCGGCCCUGCGUCAGUCAAGGGAGUAAAACGUGGUGAGGUUCUGAAACCUUACGACUCUGCAUUCGUUUACGCUGAGGUGAACGCUGACAAAGUGUAUUGGAGGUAUUCUGGACCAACGCAGCCUCUGAAGCUACUGGGGAAAGAUGUCCAUGGUAUUGGUCAGAAGAUAAGCACGAAAGCUGUUGGCAAGUGGACCAUUGAAGACAUCACACUUUCUUACAAGUUCCCAGAAAAAAGCCAAGAUGAGAGAGCAGCCAUGUUGAAAGCUUUGAAACAAAGUGAAAGCCUGUUCAGCAGAUACUACCUCAACGAAGAGUUCAACGAUGUCAAAUUUGAUUUUAAACUUCGAGAUGAUAUUGUGAUAGGGUCACCAUUCAGCGCAGCUGUGGUGAUUGCCAAUAAGAGCAAGGACAAGGACUACACAAUCUCUGUGAUCCUGCGAGUGGACGCCGUCAUGUACACUGGUAAGAUUGAGGACUCUGUGAGGAAGGACAAGUUUGACAUUCUUGUCAAGAAGAAAUCAGAGGAAGAAGUAAAGAUUGACGUCACCUACAAUGAAUACAGAGAUAAGCUGGUGGACCAAGGAGCCUUCAACAUCGCCUGUCUGGCUACAGUGCACGACACCAACUACGAGUAUUUCGCUCAGGAUGACUUCAGAGUCAGAAAACCAGACAUCAAGUUUAAGAUUGAAGGCAGUCCCACGGAAGGCAAGGAGUUUUCCGUCACAGCUUCAUUUCACAAUCCACUUCCCCAUGCUCUCACCAGGGGGAGGUUUGUGGUUGAGGGUCCCAGCCUUGAGGCUCCCAUCAAGAUCAAACUUGAGAGCCCUGUUGAGCCCAACGCAGACGCAAGUGUUACAUUCAAGGGGAGGCCAAGGUUCCCAGGGAAGACUACGAUCGCUGCCAAGUUUUACUCCAACGAGCUGGAGGAUGUCGAUGGGUUUACUGUGUUCAUGGUGGGAGAGAAGCCUCCGGGAGAUACGAACGGGAUUAGUAACAACAUCCCAACAUAACCUAAGAAGAGGAGCUCACAGUAUUGUGCUGAAGAAAUCCCUAGGACAAGACGUCUGGAAAUGAUGUCACCUGGAUUUACCAGUUGUCAAAAAUAAAUUUAUUGACUUGUCAUAUCAGAAUAACCUUAAUAAAAUCCUUACACCAAUACUGGAACCCUAUUUCAGUAAAGGUAAAAUAAUGACUUUUUUUAGUAGUAACUCUAAAAUGUUUAUUCCAAAAGGGUCACAGCUGACCGAACCGGUUUUAUAAAUAACAUAAAACCAUGUGUUUUAGCGAAUUUCCCAUAUAGGGAAUAAGCUAUUACCGUAGUACUC